UUGGCUUAGUUAACGUGCAGAUUCACAAGGGACAUGUUUGCUUUCCUUUCGAUUUGGUUCGUAUUUAUGGGCACAGUUUGGUGUCAACCAAUAUAUUUCGUCAUGCCAACUGAAGUGGCCCGCAGCUUUGACUCAGCAGAGGAUACUUUUUACCAGGAACCAGAAAUUGAAGGGAUUCAGUUCGUUGAAGACCCCGCCAAGUUUUUCCAACCCAAUGAAUUUUUUCGAGAAGUAAACAAAUUUGUUAUCGGCGUCCAAGAAUUCGUGCAGAAUCCGCCGACUUCCCUGUACAGUGCAUUCAACCAACUGCAGAGCAAUGCCAAGAAGAACCAUCAGAAACACCAGAAGCCCGUGAAAAACAAGGUGGUUCUUGACCCCUUCGGUAACAUUUCAUUCACCCUGGGCUGGUCAGCCAACCUGGGAGUGUUCAAUAGCAUCAGUUUCAGCAAGAGUCGCAGUCUGGUCAACUACAAGGGCUGGACUAAGGGUUAACACACCGCGCGGCUAAAUUAAUAGCCAAAUGGUAACAUACUUCUGGGCUGGGCCAUGGCAAUAUGACUUGAAUUUAAGCGAUUUUUA